UGAAGGAUUUGAAUCCUUCGAAUUGAGUCUUAAUGGAAUUCCACUCGUGCAUUGAAGUAUUAUUAGACAGUACAAAAAGUCACAAUUGUCUCCUCACACUCAACUAUGGCAUAUCGAAUUGUUGUGAAUCAAAAAAUCAAGGGGAAAAAAAUCUCCAAAAUUUUUUUUAGCACUACAUUUCUCCAACCUAAAAUUUCCAAAUUAAUUAUGAAGAUGGACUCUUCAUUUGUAAACUUCCUCUCGAUCGAGCUAGUUGAACAAAAAAGCCGCCAGACAUCAGAAUAUUUUUAACACUUCGUUGAUCCAAUUCGAGCCGAUACAAUGCUCCGUUUGUAUCAAUCAUAAAAAUUAGAGUUUGCAGAUACUGGGUGAGGAAUACUCCGAACAUCCCAAAAACAGAGACAGUGGUAAAAAAACCUGUUUCUCGGAACAAACCUCAAUCAUCGGGUGAGUCUGGAAUCACUGAAGACGGGAUGCAAUUAUCAAAAUUCUCGUCUCAUCUCGUCCAGUGGCCGAGAGUGGCAAACUAUUGCUGCCAGUUGUCAACUUCUCUCUCAUAGAUAAAAUAGCUCUCAUGCCAGACAAACGUGGACAAUCCCUGGCCUGAUGUAAUGCUUCGAUGCCUCGACAGUGGUUCAAUGACCGUGUCUAACGUCUAGUUUCAUUUGAGCUCUAAAAAAUUGUUUAAAGGAAAGUAAUUGGAGUCAGCAGAUGUAGGACAAUGUAAAUUAUUCUCCUAGACUCUUUUCUAUCGAGCUUUUCCGUUCAUAUAAAAUCAAAAAGACGAUCGAAAUUCAUGACGAAGGUGAUCACAAUCAACCAUCGGAUAAUGAUCAACUCACUCAUCAUGAUUGCGCAACAUUGAAGGACAAUCCAAGUGCCUUGUGAUUGGCAGUUAAAAAUUGCAUUGAAUUUAGCGAAAAAAGCGACUUUCCAAUGUUCCAUACAUGGAGUAGAAAAGUCAUGAGGAAAUAUACGAAAGUAAAUAAAUCAGCAGCUGAAAAAAUACCAAAAGUUAUCGUUAUUUUGCAAGAGCACGUGUUUGGUGCUGUCACAAGUGAUACUGCAAUACUGACUUAAGUCGGGAUUGAUGUCCAAUGAGGGGGACAUUCAUACCGAUUAUUACUUAAUAAAAGUUAAUUCAAUAGCUUAAUCGGGAACAACAAAUAGACUCUGUGUUAGUGCUGACAUUUGCAAUUUCCAUUUGAGAAAUUGCACAUUUUUUUUCUAUUAUUUUUGAGGUAUUGAGUUUGCCCGAGUUAUUUGAAGCGAGACAUAAAAAUAAUGUGAUCAAUCUAGAGUUGUGGAAGGGGAAAUCGACAGCUACCCCACUCCUGGGUAGCAGUAGCACGAUGGCUUUGCGCUAUUUUACAACCGGCAAUAGAAUUUUUACAGCAGUUCAACUGCAGACGUCAACGCGAUCGUUUCAUUCACCUCACAUUUUCGACUAUCAGCGUAAUUAUAGCAGUAAAAAUAGUUCAAUUAUGAAUAAACUGGAGCACGUCAAGUUUGCCUGGAAAAAUGCAGACGUCGUUACGUUUGACGUUGACUCGACUGUCAUUCAAGAAGAGGGCAUUGAUGAGCUCGCUAAUUUUUGUGGAAAGGGAAAGGAAGUCAGUGAACUAACGAAAAGAGCAAUGCAGGGAAAUAUGACGUUUCAACAAUCGUUAACCGUGAGAUUGAACUUAAUCAAACCAAGUUCGGAACAGAUCAAGGAGUUUAUCAAGACACAUCCACCUACGCUGACUCCUGGAAUAAAAGAGCUCAUAGAUGCACUUCAGGCAAAAAAAAAAGAAGUUUACCUAGUUUCCGGUGGCUUUCGCUGCCUUAUAUCACCGGUUGCCAAACGAUUAAAUAUAUCUCAGGAUCACAUAUACGCAAAUAGACUUAAAUUCUAUUUUAAUGGAGAAUAUGCAGGAUUUGACGAGAAUGAACCGACAUCGCGGAGUGGUGGAAAAGCUAUUGUGAUCAAACGACUACAAGACAAACAUGGAUUUAACACAAUUGUUCACGUUGGUGAUGGCGCCACGGACAUGGAAGCAUGUCCACCAGCCACAGCGUUCAUUGGAUUUGGUGGUAACGUCGUCAGGGAGAGUGUGAAAACAAAUUCCCUGUGGUUCGUCGAAGACUUCCAGGAGCUGAUAGAUGCCCUGGAUUAACCCCCAUUUAAUCGGGGUUCGCAAGAACCUCGAUAAUUCUUUCAUUUAAGUAUUAAAAACAAAUUAAAUUUUGUUUGUACUCGAAAACGACAAGAUAUUGAUCUUAUCAUUCCUGACGGUCAACAGGUGACGCAAGAUAUCGUGGAUUAAUAUUAAAUAUUUUAAGUUUAUCUCUAGAACAAUGAAAAGUAAUUUUUUUUUCAAUCAAUUAAUUUAGAUAAAGAGAAAGAAGAUGAAAAACUUUGGAUUGGUUUUUUCUUUGAGCGAAUCAUCUUCUUUACUUAAAAAGAUUUAUAACAUAUUUUUAUGAUACACAAAUCUUGCAUAAUUAAUAUUAAUAUAUCACAAUUAUAAAAUUGCGAAACGAAACGAUUUUUAAAUCAAUUUUUACUGUACAUAUACAUUAUAUCAUCAUAGGUUUGAUAAAUUUACAGAACGUUCAUUAUGUCUAUUGCAUGUCGAUAAAUUGUCAAGAGGCUGAAUGUAUAAUUGGAGGUUUUGAAAUUGUUCCAUGUAAAAGUGAAAGCAACUUUUAUGACCCGUUGGAAUAACUAAUUGCUACUUGAGAUUGAUGAAAUAAAAAAAUCUUUCAACUACACCGUCAAUCAUGACAAAA